CGGAAGAGAAGCCAGCCUCUUUCCCAGCCAUCUUUUGGCUUCACUAGCAAGCGAGCUCCGCGCUCCAGGCCUCGUAGAAUCGGAGGACAUCCACCUCUCUAGGGGCCAUCAUGCCCGGGCAUUUGCAGGAAGGCUUCGGCUGCGUCGUCACUAAUCGUUUCGACCAGCUAUUUGACGACGAAUCCGACCCCUUCGAGGUGCUGAAGGCGGCCGAGAACAAGAAGAAGGAGGGAGCGGGGGCACCGGGCCAGGGCGCAGUCAAGACCGCUGCCCAGCUCGCCAAGCAGCCCAAGAAGGAGUCUCAGAAGGACCGCAGGAACCCGCUGCCCGACAAGAAGGACGAGGCGCCGCAGCCGGUGCCCCUGAAGAAGGAAGGGAUCAGAAGAGUUGGCAGGAGGCCCGACCAGCAACAGCAGCAGCCGCCACCACCACCACCGCAGCAGCAGCAGCAGCAGCCGCCGACUUCACAGGCCCCACAGGGUGAAGGGAAACCUACCGACAGAAGACCUGUCGAGAGGCGGCCACCUCGUGAACGCCGCUUUGACAAACCAGCUGAAGAAAAGGGUGAAGCAGGGGAAUUCUCUGUGGACAGGCCCCUUGGCGAAAGGCCACCUCGUGGUCGCGGCGGCCCAGGCAGAGGUGGACGCGCACGUGGACGUGGUAUUGGCAGGGGUGAUGGCUUUGACUCCCGUGGCAAACGUGAAUUUGACAGGCACAGUGGCAGCGACCGAGCUUCUUCACAUUUCAGUGGCCCGAAGCAUGAGGACAAGAGGGGCGGCAGCGGAUCCCACAACUGGGGAACUGUAAAGGAUGAACUGAGUGAACUGGACCAGUCAACCGCAACCGAAGAGACUCACGAAACCGAAGAACAACCCGCCGCCGACUCUGAAAACAAGGAGAAUGAGGCUGAAGAGGUGAAGGAAGAGGGGCCCAAGGAAAUGACCCUGGAUGAAUGGAAGGCCAUGCAAGACAAAGAGCGUGCAAAAGUGGAGUUCAACAUUCGGAAACCAAACGAAGGCACUGACAGCCAAUGGAAGAAAGGCUUCGUCCUCCACAAGUCUAAGAGCGAAGAGGUUCAUGCAGAAUCUGAAGGUUUGGAUCAUCACUUCCGCAGGCCUGCAAAUGACAUCACUUCCCAACUUGAGAUCAACUUUGGAGACCUUGGACGCCCUGGCCGUGGGCGUGGUGGUGGGAGAGGGACCCGCGGACGCGGUACAAGGCCCAGUCGUGGAAUUAGAACUGACAAGUCAAGCGUCUCGGCCCCUGAUGUAGAUGACCCUGAGGCUUUCCCAGCUCUGUCGUAAACUGGAUGACUAAAGUCCCAUCCUGGUGCCCCUGCGGGCCCCUCCCUUCUACGAGGCUUGCAUGCUUAAGGAUCCUAAACAACUACAAAAUUAAAAAACUGUCGAUCAUACCAUUCACACCUAUGGACUGAAUUUUAUCUGUUUUAAAAGAAAAAAAAAAGAAAAAACAAAAAGGACUUCUCUCGCUACUCAGAAGCAACCAUACGGUAGUUGAGUUUUGUAUUUAGAUACGUACUGGUAGCAGGGACGUUUUACAUAAUUUUUUCCAGAGAUUAUGCAUUCUUCAUGGAUACUUUUUGUAUGGCUGCUUGAAAAUAUGCGUUUCCAAACUUGAAAUAUAGGUGUUAAAAGUGUGUACCAGUUAAAGCUUUCACUUCAUCUGUGUUUUUAUUCUCUUCCCCAAAAAAAAUAUUUUCCCUUUUUUGACUUUUUUUUUUUUUUUUUUAAUGUAGUUUUAUGCUAACACUAGGAUUUUUAUUUUAUUUUUUUUUAGGCUUUAGAUUUAGCAUAUGAGCACUUGCCCUGCAUAAUUUAGAGAGAAGUUGACUUUUUUUUUUUUAUUUUUUUUUUGGGAUACCGAAUUUCAAUUUGGAAAGGUAUGCAAUAGUGGUAGUAUAAUUUUUGUUUUUAGACUUUAACAAAGGAAAAAAAAAAUUGGGCACCCAAGCAGUCUGCUGGAAUUUUAGCUGUUUUUUUUUUUUUUUGUUUUUUUUUUUUCCCAGUCCCAUAUUUUUGUUGGUUUUUUAUUUUUUGUCCAAGCGCACAAUAGCUUUAAAUCAUAAAUGUGAAAUGUGCAGCUGAAUUUCCUGGGGGAAGGGGUGGGUGGACAGACUAUAGCAUAUAAUUUUUUAUUUUUUCCUUUUUUGUUUUUAAGUACACAUGAAGAAACUAGACUUCCGUUUUCCAAGUCUAAUGUGUAAUCCAGUGAUGAAUAUCCAGUAAUGUUUUUGCUGCAACCCUUGUAUAAGGAAAAAGCGCUUUAUAAAUGGAACUGACGAGGUCUCUGUGUCCUCCAAAGCCCAUCUUGUGCUAGGAGGGGUGAAGGGAAAUGAUUCCUUCUCAUUUUUACCCCAAAUCUUUCUAUAUUUUCAGCUUCUCGGUUUCACUGGUUGACAAAUGAAUGUUCCUCUCGUUAGGGAAUGUUAAAAAAAAAAAAAAAAAUUCCGCUCCCUUUUUAGUUUUUUUUUUAAAUAUUAUUUAAAUUGCUCAUAUUGAGGGGGGGAGAAAAAAAGACCACUUCAAAAACAAAAAAAGGACACGAAAGAAAAACACAAAAAAAAUACACAAAAAGAAUAAAAAAGAUAAAAACGUUGUCUACAGUGUUUGUUAGGAUAAGAUACUCUUAUUUAAUAUUCUUUUUACACUUUUUAGCAGGCUAUGAAAUUUGUAGAUUCUUAUCUGCAUAGUUAAAAAUAAUAAUACAGAUAUUAUCGCCCUAUUUUUAUAAACACUGUACGGCCGACAAAGUAUCCAGAACAGUCUAGCACCGCGAGAAUGUGCGAUCGUCAAUGUUCCUGUGCCCCUUUGCAGUUUUGUACUUUGCCGGAUGUCCUUCCAGCACUGGCGCGGGGUCAGUGGUUUUUAUUUUUAUUCAACUGGCUUGGCUGUUAUGAGAUUAUUUUCUAGAAGAUGUAAUUUACUACGAGGCUUCAAAACCAGAGGUAUUAUAAAUGGCAGUGCAUUAACUUACACUGGAGACAAGCCUGCACAGAGCUCACGCCAUUCCUUGCCGGGAAAUGCCAAGCGGACUGGGACAUUUUUACUCGUCUGUGGUUCCCCUUGGGUGGAUAGUUGCAUGCCCUCUGAGACAUGGGUGUUAAUCUUGGGGUGCUCAUUAGGUCUCCCUAGUGCGUGUGCUGUGCUGCACCUUUAUAGAGCAGCGCCUCCACAUCGCAGCUGCUUUUUUUUUUUUUUGCAAUAUGGAAUAACCCCUCUAAAGGGGUUUUCUAGUAAAAAUUAAUUUUAUUUUAUUUUUUUAGCAAGUGCCCGCAGCAUGUCCCUAAAACUGUAGAUUCAUACUUGUCUGCUCCAUGCCGCUCCAGUCCUCAUGCCAUGCCUAUAGCCAGCCACAUGUAAACAGCACGGAGACUGGAAGAUGGAAAAAGAGGGGGCAGCGCGAAGGACCGGAGAGACAUGAAGAAAGCAAGUGUGAAUAAUUUCCCUUUAAGGAAUUGUGUACAUUGGCAUCAGUCAUCUGUAGAUGCGAAUGAGAUACUAGAUGUAGGACAGCAUAGGAAUAUGUGCACAAAUUUUUCUGUAUAUGUCCAUCUGCAUUUAAACAAUGUCUAAUGUUAAUCAUUGAUGCACAUUUUGGUGCAGUUCAGUACCGGGCAUUGCCUAAAUAGUCACGUUGCUGCAGAUUUAAUGUGUGCAACUUACACCACUUGUGUGCACCCUUAACUAAUGCCUGAACCCUAGUACAAGUCACAUACAGGGCCCCGGCAGUUGUCACGGGGAGAGCCAUUGCACCCUGCCCACUGAGAUCAUGUAGUAAUGCACAGAUACCAGCAGCCCUCUACUGCGAGAGCCGAUGAUGUGAUUUUUAGGGGGCCCAGCUUCUCGCCUCCAUGUGCCCUACCAAAGCAUAGGGAUUUAGCCUGUCCAAAAGCAGACCUCUCCUACAACCAUGCUUUAGCUGUACAUUUCUGAAAAGCACUGCAUUUCUGAUCCAGAGGUUCGAAGCUGGCCUCAGUGGCAGCAAAGAAUAAGUAACGUAUAAUAUGUUGUAAAGUUUGCAGCUCUUUUCUAAUGUGAACUUCUUCUUCUGCCUGUCUGCCAAAUAGUUUACCCUGUGGAAGCACUGAUUACUCUUGUGGUUUCUGUGGCCGCAGCAAAUUUGCUUUAUUUUAUUUUUUGGGGAUUUCUUUAAGUUCUUAAGCUGCAAUGCAAUCAGGUUGCCCCAGGUCAGUGGAUAAAAUAAGCCCGUGCUCUGCAAAAAAUAAAAAUAAAAUAUAUGUAAAAAAAUAAAAAUCCUGUAGCGAAAAAAAAGUUCAUCUGACUUAGUUGAUGAUGUUUCAUAGUUGUAAAUUUGCCUCCAGUCCAUUUUAUGUGCGAACUGAAACUGUGAACCAACCUGUCUUUGGAUGCUAAUUGAAUUGAAGGUUAAUUUUCAUGCUCUUGCCGGUCUGACGGGAAGUGCCGCAGCAGCGUGAAUAUUCCUGCACAAUGAGGGCCACGCAAGGCUUUGUGCCUUCAGCUCUUCCAGAUUUUGCUUUGGUCCCCCCCCAUGACAGAACUUGUGUAGCUCGUCCAGGACUUGCGUGCGCAGGCAUGAAAGUUGACUGCGGCUUUUGGUAACAAGGCAAAAUUUACAAAAAUGGAACAGAGAAAACCAGUCCAGGUAAGAGGUCUGUAGAAACGGGCAACAUUUAUUUUGUAUAUCUGUCAAUGCUAAAAUAAAAUUGCUGUGUAUUUAUGGCCAUA